AAUUUAACCCUUAUAACUAAUGAGUCUAUUCAGACUGGUUGGAAUAGUCUUUCUGGUCUUUUUAAUUUGUGCAUUAAAGCAGAAGAAAAUUCAAUGAUAAAACACAUUGUAUAGCCAAAUAAAUUUAUUCUGCUGGGCAUGCAAUUCUAUUUUGAAAUCCAGUCCCUUCUCAGUGUUCCCUAAUUCUAGCUCUACCGAUUGGCAUAGAAGAUAAUUCUUGGAACAUAUUUGAGUUCCUCUUUUUUUAUUGAAUCUAUUUUAAAUUUGGGCCUAAAAAUUAUUUGGCCCCAUGCCCCCAAAUACACUGGAUUGCACAAAUUAAAACAUAUUUAGAUGGCAUUAACCAAUUUUGCACAUAUUUUCAAGUGAGUUCGCAUCAUUCUCAGACCAUGUAUAAAUUGUAGGAUGAAAUUCAAAAAUAUGCAACUGAGUUGCAAACAAAGUAGAAGGAAAGGGGGAGAAUUUUAUCACCUUUGCCUCCAAUCUCCACCCUGCCCUCAAAUUCACAUGGACUGCUUCUGACACAUCACACUGCCUCGGAAAGCAGCAAACAUAAUCAAGGAGCACCCACACCCUGGUCAUUCUCUCUUUUCUCCUCUCCACAGUCAAGACUGCACUGUUCGCAACCAACAUGUCGUUUAUUUUUAUACUAAGCAGUCCCUGGACUAUGAUGGCACAGCAGUAAAAUAAAAUAAUUGGGUGUUGCAAUUAAAGAAAGAAGCCAUGGUACAACAUUCAUUUGGAAUGAAAGUACAAGUGAUAGAUUAUCUUUUAUUGAUAUAGGAAGAAAUUUGGUGCAACUGCUCCACCAUUUAUUGAUUACCUGAAAGAGAUACUGCGUCGAUACCCCGAUGGAGGCCAGAUUCUUAAGGAAUUACUUCAAAAUGCGGAUGAUGCAGAAGCCAAUGAGGUGGUGUUUAUAUUUGACGAAAGAACUUACGGGUCAACAUCUUUGUUUAUGAAAGAUCUUAAGAAGUUUCAAGGUCCAGCUCUAAUAGUGUACAAUGAUUCCGUGUUCUCAGAAGAGGAUUGGCAUAGUAUUCAGACUACAGGAGUCAGUAAUAAACGUAAUGAUCCCAGCAAAGUUGGCCAAUUUGGCCUUGGAUUCAAUACUAUUUAUCACAUCACAGAUGUACCAAGUAUAUUCAGUGGUAAAUAUAUUGGUAUACUUGACCCACAACAAAAGCUGUUUGGAGAACAGGAAGCAGGGUAUAUAUGGUCUCUUGAUGACCCUGACGACAAAAAGGUUCUUGAACACUCCAAAGAUCAGUUCAGACCAUUCAAAUAUGCCAUGGAAGUUAUUGGGACAACAACAUGGAUUAAUGCAUUAAAAGAGAAUUAUUUCAAAGGAACAUUGUUUCGGUUUCCAUUGAGAACUGAACCUUCAGAAAUAUUAGCUGGCUUGUAUGAUAGAGAUAAAAUUUUUGAUCUCUUUGACUCCUUCAGAGCAGAUGAAGAUAUGAAUCUUUUGUUUCUCAGAAAUGUUUCAUCUGUCUCAAUUAAGCAUGUUGACAACAGUGGAAAUGUGAAGGACCUUUCAAAAAUAGCAGCCUUGCAACCUGAACACAUGCCCUGUUUUAAUCGGAACGUAGGUGUUCAAAGCCAAGAACUAGUCUCUAAGGUUAAAACUUCUACCAGUAUCAGAGCUAUUUCUCAAUUCUUUGUAAAAGAGAAGAAUCACAAUCACUGGUUAAUAACAAAUUGCACAGGCAUUAGAGGUGAAUUGGGUAAAUUAGAUGAUCUGGCUGAGAAGCUGAGUUAUACACCAUGUGUUGGAUUGGCCUUUCCUUUGAAUAAACUAGAAUCUACAGAAACUAGUACAAGAACAGAUUUUGAAGGGCGUCUUAAUUUCUUUCUACCACUUCCAAAUAAUGAGGCCAACAAGACAGGAUUGCCAGUCCAUAUAAAUGCGUUCUUUGGACUUUCAGACAACCGGAGACAUAUAAAGUGGAUCGAAUCAGACCAAAGAUAUGAUGAAGCAGCACAAUGGAACGAGCUCCUGAUAGACAAGAUCCUUCCCUAUGCCUAUUGCCAACUUAUCUUGGAUGCCAUUACUCUGACUAAAACCUCAGUGUUAAAACCUUUAUCAGUGUAUCAUAUAUGGCCAGACCUUGAGAAAAUGAAUCAUAAAGACCGUUGGAUUAAGAUAUCUAAAGAAACCAUAAAAUCUUUGAUGAAACUUGAUACACUGUGCUUGGCUGCCAAUGAAGAAAACUGGAUAUCUGCUACCAAAGGCAUAUUUUUACAGUGCUAUGAUCGGCUUGACAUGAUGCAGGCAAUUGAAAAUGUUUUGAUAAAAGAGGCUCAACCUUUGGUUAGAAUCCCAGUUCAUAUAUUCAAGGCCUUGAAAUUUGCCUUGGGUAAUCAUAGUGAAUUAAAUGUAAUCACUCCAACAUCCCUCCGAAACAUUCUUCAGCAUUGUGAUUUGUAUACUUUCCCAUAUGAACAAAAAUUACUACUUCUAGAAUAUGUUUUAAGUGAUGAGCAAUACAGUUCCCUCAACAACCUUCCACUACUGCCACUCACCAAGGGAUCCUUUGUAAGAUUUCAGAUCAGUUCCUGUGAAGAACUCGUGUUUACUGACUCAGCAAAAUUUCCAAGGAUUUUGCUUCCAGGUUUUGAGGAGAGAUUUCUACCUGAAGAUCUUAAUGAUACAUUGUCGGACCAUCUAAAGAAAAUAGCUUACAGUCAAAUAUUUGCAAAUGUCAUCUGCUUGAAUGUGAAUGCUGUGCGGGAGUACAUUCGAAAAGCUCUUCCUGAAGACUGGACUAAAACACUUGGUCAUGUAACAUGGGAUCUCAUAAAUAGACAGCACCCUCCAGUGCACUGGCUUUCAGGAUUUUGGGAUUUCCUGAAUAACAAUUGUAAAACGCUAGAGAAAUUUGAAGGGUUACCACUCAUACCACUCAACUCACUUAAAGAUUGUGUGAACAGUAUCCAACUCGCACAUUUAUCGAAGAACAUUACGACAAUUUUUCGAAUGCAAAAUGGUUACAAUUUACCAGAUACAAUUGCAAGUAUAAUUACGAGAGUUGGAGGCAGUAUUGUUCAAGACUGUGACGAAUUUCUAAAGCAUCAGCAGUUAUCUGAGUAUGUAUUUUCACCCAAUCCAAAUAAUGUUUUAAAAGUAUUUUUGAAUCUGGGUUGUGAUCGAGUAGUAAAAGAGAUUGGUAGUAUGUCAAUUGACGACAGAAGAUCUUUGAGAGGUUUUCUUGCUGAAGCAUCCAUUUUUGAGACGGAUGAGAUAAAUAUGUUAUUCAAGUUACCAAUCUUUCACCAGAUGACUUCCCUUCGGCCUACAAGUAAAGGACUUAUCACAGCUGGAACACACGGAGCCCUGAGCAAUGAUGUGUAUCCUGAGAUCCCAGAUGAUGUGCCUCUACCAGAAACGGUACUUAAAUGUGUUGAUGAAAAUGACAGGAAACUGCUGCUGAUGAAAGGAAAGUUAAUGACAGCAGCAGAUGUUGCUUUGCUUAUGAUGAAGGGAAUAGAGACCCAAAAGUAUGAGCCUGAACAAAUUGAAAAGGUGAUGCUCUGGAUUCUAAAAAAUAGUGAGGUACUUUUUAAACAGAAGCCAGAAUUAUUCAAUAGGUGCAAAACACUUCGAUUUUUAACUUCAAAGGACAAGGUUGUCGAAGCUUCUACUUUAUUUGAUCCAAAUAAUGAGGCUUUUCAGCAUCUCUUUCAGCCAGAAUAUCAGCACUUGUUUCCCCCUCCACUUUAUUGUAAGGAUGAGAAAAGUUUACAGACAUUGCAAAAACUUGGGCUGAAGUCAAAAGAAGACAAUAUUUCACCAGAUGACCUUUUAAAGGUUGCGCAAUUGAUAAAUAAACAACACAACCAUACCAGUGACAUUGACUGUCUUUGUAAAAAAGCAGAAGCUUUGAUUAAAUUGUGCAAUACAACUUCAGUUUUGGCGAUCAGUUCUUAUCAAACUGUGGAACAAUUAUGUUCUUUGCAGUGGGUGCCCUGUAACAGUCGCCAAAAAGCAUUGACAGAACAUAAGAAAGAAAAGAUUGAUUUUAAUAAACUUGAAGAUGUAAGAGAUUCAAGGUAUGCUAACCUCGUUGGGCUAGUGAUGCCACUUACUGACAAGUUUACAGAGAAGGCAGGCAAAAUCUUGGGACUGCUGAACUUACCACCAGCUGGGAAGGUAGUUGAACAUUUCCUAUUAAUAAUUGACCAGAUGUCCAACGUCAGCAACACUCAACACAAUUUCCUGGUGGAUUUGCAAACCAUAUAUGAUUACAUGCAAAAAAAUCUUGGUCAAUUUAAGUCACUCCUCUUGGCUAUCGAACAGCCAUGGGUAUGGAAUGGGGCUGGGUUUGCACACCCUCAAAGUAUUGUUUUCUCCUAUCCUGAGGAUUUGGAUCUCAGUGGUUAUGUCAGGAAAAUCCCAAAGGAAAUAUCUCAGUACAGAGAGUUACUACUUGAAUGUGGGGUGAAAACUGGCUACAGCAACCGUGAAGUUAUUCAAAUACUUUAUCAGAUAAGAGAUAAUACAGUUAAAACAAAUGCUGGCUAUGGUAACCCAAAUGAAUUGAGGACUAUUAUUUCCAUAUUAGAUUGGAUGCGUAGAAAUAACAUACCACCAAAUAAUGACCUUCCUGUGCCUGUGUGGAAAGGCACCCAGGGUGGAUUCUGCUUGACACCAUGUUCCAAGGCUGUUUUAUGUGAUUUAGAUAAGGGAGCAUUGGAGGCAUUUAAUAAAUGUGAAGAAAAUAUUCAUAUUCUUCAUAAAGAAAUAAGCGUUGCCAUUAUUGAGUGGCUUAAUGUGCCCCCUUUAAGCAGCAAGAUGCAGCAUUCUGAAUUAAUUGGAAUUGAGCAAUAUGGCCAGGUGGAGCCCAUUGUACUGAGAAUUAAGAACAUUUUGAAAGAAUAUGAUCAGGAACAUGAUCUCUUCAAAGAGCUGCUUCAGAAUGCCGAAGAUGCUGGUUCUGCGCUUUGUAGUUUCCUAGUAGACAUGAGACAACACAAAGAUUCACCAGAAAGUCUAAUUGAUCCUGGUAUGGCUUCAUGCCAUGGACCAGCACUCUGGUCAUACAACAAUGAGUGUUUCACUGAUGAAGAUUUCCACAAUAUAACUAGAAUUGGAACAGCUUCGAAAGAAAACCAAGUUGAUAAGAUUGGUAAAUUUGGUCUUGGAUUUAAUUCAGUUUAUCACAUAACCGAUGUACCAUCGAUCCUCAGUGGAAAAUAUUUACUUAUAUUCGAUCCAAACGUUACCCAUCUCAAGAAAUAUAUUCAUUCUGUAUCGAACCCUGGAAUAAAACUUGAUCUUUUUGAGCAUAAACGAUUAAUUCAAAAAUUCCCUGGACAGUUUAACCCAUACAAUGGAAUAUUUGGAUGUAAUUUUAAAAUUUCCACUGGAGAAAAUUUCUAUUAUGAUGGGACUCUCAUUAAGUUACCCUUCAGGACUCCAGAGGAGGCUGCAGUAUCCGGGAUCUCCAACAAGUAUUAUAAUCAGAAACACAUCAUGACUUUGGUGGAUAGUUUCAAACAGACAUCAAAAGAUCUCAUCAUAUUCUUAAAGAACGUGAGAAAGGUUUCACUGAAAUUUAUUAACGAGCAUACAUCUCACGAAAACCAGCUAAUCUCUGUUUUCAAAAUGGAAAGGCAAAUAAUUAACAUCAUUGAAAUGGCAGAUAAUUUCCCACUAAAGAAAAUGCAAGAAAAUGCUGUGAACAUAUUGGAGAGCACAAAUAAAUUCUCUAAAAAAAAUCAGAAAUCUGAGGAUCUCAACUAUCAUACAGAUUACAGAAGAAACAAUCGAUAAUCCCAGUCAUG